UCAAAAUUGUAACAAUAAUUGUGGGUGAAUGAGUGUGUCGACAAUGAAGAGUGCAUUUUUCUUCCUUUUUCAACUCAAAAGGGAAAUGGAUGGCGUUGGCUUCACGCUGGCCAUUGGGGCCCUCAAAGCGCUGGCCUUCCUCUACGACGUCAUCACUUUCCCCGUCUACGUCCUCCUCCAGAGGCCGUGGCGCAAACGCCAACUAGCCAGAAGGAUCAAGGGAGUUAUUGUAGCGACGGAAACCGAACAACCGAAUGACGUAAGAAUUGAUAUGAAAGGGAAUGACAUUGAUAUAACUAACCAUUUCAGAGACCCAUUACCGCCAUCUAAACUCAACAAGGCCAAACCUAUCACACAAGACACCAAAUCCAUCACGUACAGAUCGGUCGAGGAGCCGCAGUCCCACCAUGUCACUUUGGUGCGUGAGGGAAUUGACACAAUGCCCAAAAUGUUCGAUUACUGCACAAAAAAGUACCCAAAUAAAAGAUGCCUGGGUACCAGGGAGAUCAUGGCGGAGGAAGAUGAGGUGCAGCCGAACGGUAGGGUGUUUAAAAAGUACGUGAUGGGAGACUAUAGGUGGAAAACCUUCGCCGAGGUGAACAUGCUGGCCACGAACUUUGGACGAGGCCUUCGAGAGUUGGGCAACCGGCCCGGCCAAAACAUCGUGAUCUUUGCCGAGACAAGGGCGGAGUGGAUGAUAGCGGCUCACGGUAUCUUUAAGCAGAACAUCCCGUUGGUAACGAUCUACGCUACUCUAGGAGACGAGGCCAUCGCACACGGUAUCAACGAAACAGAAGUCACAACUGUCGUCACGAGCUUUGAAUUGAUGCCGAAGUUUAAAAAAAUCUUGGCUCUCACCCCCAGAGUGAAGACCCUAAUUUAUAUGGAGGAUCAGUUGAAGAGCUUGGACGUGAGCGGGUUGAACGGGUACAAGGACGGAGUGCAGAUAAUUAAGUUCGCGGAUGUUCUGAAGAAAGGUGCCGAGUCUACGAUCGAAAGCAUUCCACCGUCGGGUACGGACACGGCGAUCAUCAUGUACACUAGCGGGUCAACGGGCGUCCCUAAGGGUGUUAUACUUUUACACAAAAACUUAAUCACCACCCUUAAAGGUUUCUGCGAUUCCACGGCCAUCUACGAAGAUGACAUAAUGAUAGGUUUCUUACCAUUGGCGCACGUUUUCGAGCUGUUAGUGGAAACUGUGUGUCUGUUAACGGGGGUUCCUAUUGGGUAUUCGGGCGCUCUGACGAUGAUCGAUUCGUCCAGUAAAAUAAAAAGGGGUACGAAGGGCGAUGCGUCGGUUCUUCAUCCAACCUGCAUGACGAGCGUUCCUCUCAUUUUGGACAGGAUAUCGAAGAGUAUCCAGGAGAAAGUGAGCAAAGGCAGCAAUCUCAAGAAGGUCAUAUUCAAAUUCGCGUUUGAUUACAAAACGAAAUGGACCCGACGCGGAUAUUCGACCCCGUUGAUCGACAGGGUGGUUUUCGGAGCGGUCAGGCACCUAAUGGGAGGAAGCUUGAGACUGGUUGUGUCCGGCGGGGCCCCGCUGUCGCCGGAGACCCACGAACAGAUUAACAACUGCCUGUGCGUCACGAUAGUGCAGGGUUACGGCCUCACUGAAACUACUUCCUGCGCCUGCGUUCAAGACUUUUACGAUAAUACCUUUGGUCGUGUCGGCGCUCCAUGUACGAUAUGUGAUAUUAAGUUAGUGAGUUGGGAAGAGGGCAACUACAGGGUAACGGAUAAACCGUAUCCUCGGGGCGAGGUCAUAAUAGGUGGCGACAACAUCAGCGCCGGCUACUACAAGCUCCCGGAUAAGACCAACGAGGAUUUCGUCGAGGCCGAGGGCAAGAGGUGGUUCAAGACUGGCGAUAUAUGCGAGAUCCACGAGGACGGUGUUGUUAAAAUUAUCGAUCGUAAGAAGGAUUUGGUGAAACUGCAGGCGGGCGAAUACGUGUCGUUAGGCAAGGUUGAGGCGCAGCUGAAGACGUGCCCGCUAGUGGAUAAUAUUUGCGUUUACGGAGAUUCCACCAAACAUUUCUGUGUCGCACUUGUCGUACCUAAUCCACCGCAGUUGAACGAACUGGCGGAGAAGAAAGGUAUCAAAGGCAAGGAGUUUGAGGAGCUUUGUUCGGAUAAGGAGUUUGCGAAGUCCGUCCUCCAGGAACUGGCAGAUCACGGAAAGAAGAGUAAACUAGAGAAAUUCGAGAUUCCCGCAGCUGUGAAAUUGGUGACGGACGUGUGGUCGCCGGACACGGGCCUCGUCACGGCAGCUUUCAAACUGAAGAGGAAAGACAUCGAGGAGCAUUACAAGAGCGACAUCGUCCAAUUGUACGCCUCCUGAAACGUGGCGCGGACAAACCGAUCCGUAUCCGUAAAAAAGUUGUAGCUGCGUGCAUUUCCGUAACUGUAAAAUAGCAAAUUGUAAAAUAUUUUGUAUUUGCCUUGUAAAAUAUUACUGAGAGUACGGUAGGUUAUUUGUUAUUUAUAUAUUAUUAAUUUUUUUUAUUUAUACAUAGCUUUACUUUAGAAGAUAUAUAUUUUUUUUGUAAAUAAGAACAAAUUUAUAUUUAUAAUUAAAUGCAUAUUCUCAUGCAGUCGCUUAUAUCUUGGCCUUUUUACUGGUUCUCUCGGAGAUUUCCGGAUAUUUGUCUUUCGAUUACAAAAUGUUGUAGUUUUGUAACAGCGUAGGGAGAUUCCGAGUUGUUUGUUAUGUAUAUUGUUGUUUACUUUGUUACGUUUUCGAGUUUCGUCUUUAAAAGACUGUCGCGAGUUGAGAGAUUCUGUAAUACUUGUCAAUUUGAUCGUUGGUCCAAUUCUUUUUAUUUAAAAUAUUCAAGACAAGUACUUAAUUUGUAGAAGAGUAUAUCAUGGAAAUAUUUUGUAUGGUGUAAAUAUAUUAGGAUUAAAUAUACUGAUUAGAUUAA